AUGUCGACCAACCAACCUGAAAUUAGUAAUACCGUUUCUGAGCCUGAUCUCGAAAAAAAGUUUGCUGAAAACCUAAGUUUGAAGGACUCAUCUGACCUCAAGGAUGAGAAACAAAGGAACAUAGCCUCAGAAACUAAGUUCGAAGCGGAUAGUAUUAUAUCAGUUUUUCUCGGUGGCAGUAUACAAGGUCAACCGAAGAUAUCCAGUUUUUCAGACCUUUUCGACGAGACCAUGCGAGAAAACGAUUAUUCUAAAGCUGAUAUGUUUGCCAAAGUUGUAAGCGAACUUAGAAAGGAGAAGAAAAUAAAGGUUAUAUCGAACAAAGCGGUGGAAAAUUAUUAUAAUCAAACAACGAAACCCGACGCCAGGACUAUAGGAGCAAUCAAAGUCGAAUUUUACUUUAUUCGAAAUUUGAAGCGUCUGGACAAGUAA